GCGCGUCACUGGAAUGCGGGCUUGGUCGGCUGGGGGGAGCUCGAGCGGCGCUACCAGCGAGUCCGAGGCCGCCGUCGAGCUCAAGCGGCAGGGGACACUAGUGCGGCGGGUGAAGGGGCUGCACCCUGCGGGAGAGCGGGCGAUCGAGGGCGGAGUGCCGCUCGACCGGUACUUGGUGUCGAGCACGGCCCCUUCGGAGAUGCCAGCGGAGGCGAUGGGCGCCCGCCUGGUCCACUUCUCCACCUCGCUGUACCUGCUGGGCGAGCGGGCUUCGACGGGGAGGUAUGUCGUGGCGGCAGUGGGCCAUUUCUACCCAAAGUUAGGACGCCUGGGAGCAGACGCGCUACGGCCUGGCGACAUAGUGGGGCCAGGAGGUCGCAGUCAGCACUGGGGACUCCUGGUGCGCCCCUUGGAGCAAACAACGCCCGACAAAGUGGGGGAGUUCGACCGGGGCGUGAGGCUGGGCCCUUCGUGGCUACGGUUGAUCGGGCCAGUCCUCAGCGAGAUGCAGAUGCUCGAUCCUCGAAAGUCUGGGCAGGACUUCGACUACCCCGAGCUGCUGCGCAAGAUGAAGGCGGCCUGCCGCAUGAUACAGCUGUGGCCCGUCACGCCUCACCAGGCGCGGCCCUCGGGGGCGAACGUCGACUGUGCCAGCGGCGAGAGGGCGCAGGCGGAGGUGCAGCGACGGAGAGGCUGGCGCCCGUUGAAGAACAUGGCGCGCUACGAGGAGAGCGUGCGCUUCGGGCAGCUCGCGCAGACGCGCAGGCCGAUGCUGGAUGCGUGCGGCGACCAGUGCUUGCGCGAGCUGGGGCAUCCAGCCCUCGCCGAGCGGUGCGAAGCGCUCCUGAUCGGGGACGGGCUGACCACGAUCGGGUCUGGCCUCGCUGAGGGUGGAGUGCCUACCUGGAUGUGGCGAGGCGACGCCCUCAGUGACGAGCGGCUGGGCGCGCCCCUGGAGCGCCGUCUUCAG